UCGCAUGUUUGGCAUCAUGGCGGAAAGUUCAGAACUUGCGGUGCUUAGCGUAUCAAACAAGCAAGGUCUGACGACCUUUGCUAAACAGCUUCAUGAUAUUGGCUUCCAACUGGUGGCAUCUGGAGGAACUGCUCGUGCUAUUAGAGAAGCUGGACUCCCUGUUAAGAAUGUAGAAGAAAUUACGGGCGCCGCAGAAAUGUUGGGAGGGCGUGUGAAGACCUUGCAUCCCGCUGUGCAUGUUGCAGCGACGAGCAACCAAAAAUCGCAGGUCUUAAAGCCAAAGUUCAGCGACCCUUCGUCACUCGUCUACUCGUCACUUGUCGUCGUCACAUGCGACGCCGUCGUCUUCAUGUUGACAAUCGCGGUGGCGGUGGCGGCGGCGGCGGCGGCUGCAGGGGGCGUGGCCUGA